AUGGAGAAACUCCGCACCAGCUCGUCGGCCGACCGACCGGAGACGAGGAUCUUCGAGGAAUGCGGCAAGUCUCCUCUUCUUUGCUUUUUGGCCAUCCAGACCUGGCUAACCAACUUCACCUCGACCACGACCCUCAACGAACCCUCCCACCUGCCCCUCUUCCCCGACCGCUUCCAGCCCAUCAUCACCGAAGACCUGAACGGCUCCUUCGACUGCGAGGACAUCCCCGACGAGGCCGGCCAAUUCAUCCAGCACAGAUCAUGGUCCACCUACAAAAUCAAACGCGUCGUCGAACCCCACAAAUACCACUGGACGCAAGCCACCUGCUACGUGCACUGGGACCCGACCACCAGCCACCAGACCGUCUACUGCAUCGACCUGCCGCUGGCGCCCCGCACAUUCCUGAAAUCCUUCACCCCGCCAGCCCGCCGGCGCGCGCACGACCCGUACGCCUGGCACGCGGCGUUCGCGACGGCGUUGAUCCCGGAAUACGACCGGUCGAUUUGGGGGUUACGGGAUCUGGUGCGGGAGAUUGAGAAGGGCCGACUCAACCCCACGGCCCUGACGCCGAAUUUCUUCCCGCACCUGCACGACAUCGCCCGGCACAUCUUCCACGCCAACGAGACCCUGGAGGUGGCCCAGCAUACCGUGGAGAGUUUGGUGAGGGAGCAGAUUCGGUCGGCGGGGUUGUAUACCCCAGGAACAGCGGCAGCAGGAACAGCAGCAGGGAUACCAAAUCCCAGUCCCACUCCCAGCUACAACGCCCCAUCGCAUUAUAACCACAAUCACAGCUACAACCACAGCCACAACCACUGCGCCCCAGCACCAGCACCAAGCACGCACCUCUCCACCCUCCAGACCGAACGCGCCCUCCGCGCCCUCGCCAAACAGCUCCAUGCGCUGCACACGCGCAGCCGCUCGCUCACGGAGCGGUUGCACAAUGAGAUCAAUCUGGGGUUCAACCUCGUCUCUCAGCAGUUCGGCCACGACACCAAGUCCGAUUCGGCGAUGAUGAAGACCAUCGCCGUGGUGAGUAUGGUCUAUUUGCCGGGGACGUUUGUGUCGGGCCUCUUCGGAACCAAUUUCUUCAACUUCACCGACGGCGACGAACACACUUGGUUCAUGGCGGGCUCGUUCUGGUUGUACUGGGCGGUGACGAUCCCCCUGACCCUCGCCACCAUGGCGGUCUGGGCUUGGUGGCAUUAUUUCCUGCCUGCAAAGAGAAGAACCAGAAAGAUGCCGGUGAGACAGAGGGUGGAGACGGUGUGA